ACUUUUAUUUAAAUUGCUUUUUGAUUGAAAGAAUUAAUAUUUAAUUAAUUAACUUUCUUUGUCUUUCUUGUUAAUUAGUUUCAUUCUCAUCUUUGAGUUAACACUGGUGAUCUGUCAUUGUCUAUUUUUAUCUAAAAUUCUGUUGUCUUUAUAAUAUUAUUUUUUUCUCUUCCAUCUUUUUCUUGUCUCAAUCUCUGUCUCUGUCUUUUUCUGUCUUUUUCAUUCUCAUUCUAAUUCUAAUUUUUUCUCUUUCACUUUUUUCUCUCUCUCCCUCUGUCUCAAUAUGAGUACCAAUUAUGCAAAUGUAAAUGUUUUCACCGUUACCGAUGAUAAGCAGCUCAUCAAAAGGCCGGGUAAUCCAUUUUUCGUUAAAUUAAGUGAUGAACAAGAUAAUCUUUUGGUUACAUUUAAAAAUAGUGAAACAAGUAUAUGUGAUAAAGAUGAGGAUUUCUCAUUUUAUAAGGAUUCAGAGAUUUCAAAAUUUGGUAAUGAUUCGGUGGUUAUUCAUAAUGAUUCGAUUACCCUUGUCCUUUCGUUCAAUAAUCCAUCAGAAUCCAUCAUGUUUAACAAAAUUCUUACCGAUUUUAAACAAGGAGCUAAAUCAUCAGUCUUUUCACAGAGGACUGAUGAGGCUUCAGCUUCCCAAUACUUCCAGUUUUAUGGAUACCUCUCUCAACAGCAAAACAUGAUGCAAGAUUAUAUUCGUACAUCUACUUACCAAAGAGCCAUUCUGGGAAAUACUGAUGAUUUCCGGGAUGCAGUUGUAUUAGAUGUUGGCGCUGGAUCAGGAAUAUUAUCAUUUUUUGCUGCUCAAGCGGGUGCUCGAAAGGUAUACGCAGUUGAGGCCAGUUCUAUGGCUAAACAUGCGGAGCAAUUAGUCUUCCACAAUAAAUUACAAAAUAAAAUUGUCGUCAUUCCCGGUAAAAUUGAAGAAAUAACUUUACCUGAAAAAGUUGAUAUCAUUAUCUCCGAGCCGAUGGGCUAUAUGCUCUUUAAUGAGCGUAUGCUUGAAACUUAUCUUCAUGCUAAAAAGUGGCUUUCACCCAAUGGUAAAAUGUUUCCCACCCUUGGAGAUUUACAUAUAGCUCCUUUUAGUGAUGCAGCUCUCUACAUGGAACAGCUUAAUAAGGCCAAUUUCUGGUAUCAGGAAAAUUUCCACGGUGUUGAUCUGACGGUUUUAAGAACAGCAGCGGUUAAAGAAUAUUUCCGUCAACCCGUUGUAGAUACCUUUGACAUUCGAAUCUGUAUGGCAAGGUCUCACCGUUAUACCGUCGAUUUUCAAACCGCUCCCGAAAGUGAUCUACAUCUAAUUGAGAUUCCUUUCUCCUUUGUAAUGCAACAUACAGCUGAUGUUCAUGGACUUGCCUUCUGGUUUGACGUUGCCUUUAUUGGACAAAAUCAAACUGUAUGGUUGUCAACAUCUCCCACUCAACCUUUAACUCAUUGGUAUCAAGUUCGGUGUUUAGUUGAUACUCCAAUUUUCUGUACUGCUGGGCAAACUUUGACCGGUCGAGUAACUUUAAGAUCCAAUAAACGUCAAAGUUACGAUGUUGAUAUUGAAUUAAAUCUUGAGGGAACCACAAGAAGAGCCCUUAACUCAUUAGAUCUGAAAAAUCCUUACUUCAGGUACACUGGACAAACUCAGCAACCACCACCAGGAGCCCAUGAAACCUCACCAACUGAACAAUAUUGGCAAUCAUUGGAAAACAAUCAGGUUAUAAAUGGAGUGAUGAAUGGAAAUUCAGGAGUUGUUCUAAUGGACAUGUCAGGUAUUCAUCCUAAUGCCCAAACAUCAGGUCAUCUUCCAGCAACUGCUAAUGUUCAACAAUCAACACAACAUCAGCACCAACAUCAACAUCAACACCAGCAACAUCAACAACAGCUACAACAGCAUCAACAUCACCAACAACAGCAACAGCAACAAGGAACGGGAAGUUUGAACAUGAUGGGACAGCAACAACAACAACAACAACAACAAUCAUCUCUCGUCAAUUUAGGUUCAAUGCCCAGUCCUGGAGCCAAUAGUCGUUCUAAUCCGUCAAGAAUACCCGUUUCAUCAGCAGUACCGCCAAGCUCAAUCGGUGGAGGAAUUUCACCAUCAAUGUUCAACCCCAAUCCCUCUGUGUCGGUGCUCAACACAACAACUUUUCCCUUAAAAGAUACAGAGGAAAAUAACAAUUAUUUUUAUGUUAAUCAUCAACAAGAGCAACUCAAUCAACAGCAUUUCUAUCAAUCCCAACAGCAGCAAUUAAGCCAAAUUGUUAAUUCAGUUAUUACUUAUCAAGAUAUUUCAUCACCAUCAUCAUCAUCAUCAGCUUCAUCUUCAGUCCUAAUUGAUUAGUACUUUUUAAUUUGAUGAUGAUCCCAACAAUUAACCUUAGUUACAUGAAAAAAAACAACAAUGCAAUUAAACUCAACCGUUAUUAUUGAUUGAUGAAUUAAAUAAAUUCAAUUAACACAUGA